UGAGGAGGGAGUUGGAACAUCGAGCGCGCGAUGGCCGUGAGACGGCUUCAGCCGGAGAGGUACUCCUCGGUGGCGGGGGCCCCGGGUGCACCCUGAGGCGGGAUUAGAGCGUGGAAUGCAGAUUGGUCUAGAAGCUAGAAUUGUGGACAGGUUCGGGGCCCCUCGGGUGCCUAUGUCUCCAGAAGAUAGGGUUCAUGAGUGGUCACUCCUCCAUCACUUCCUCCCAAACCGGUGGUGAGAAGGAAGCUGCUUCUGCCUCAGCAACAGCCUGAGGUGUCGCACUUUAGACAGAUUACGCCGUCAAAGCCAAAAUUAUCUGGAAUGAAGAGGAAAUCAGUGGCUGUUACAGGAGGAAGUGAACUUCCUAGGCCAUCCAAUAAGGAAUGGAGUUGUGCUCUCUGUCAGGUGAGUGCCACCAGCAAGCAGGGCCUGGAUGAACACCUCGAAGGCAAAAAACACAAAGCCAAUCUAGAAGCACUAGUUGAAGGCAAGAAACCCAAAGCCACAGAAGCACCACUUGGUGCUAACAAAUUCAGAAGAACCAAGAAAGCUGUAGGCUCGACAUCUGUGACAAAGGUAACCGGCAAGUCAUUGCCAACAGAGGGUGCAUCAACCAAUGGGCCUGUGAAGAAUCAAAGAGAAGACAAGAAGCAACAGACGGUUCAGAAGAAGAACUACCGCUGCGACCUAUGCAAGGUGAAAUGCAACAGUGAGGUCAUGUUGGCCUGUCACCUACGUGGGAAGAAGCAUAUCGCCCAGCUUGAGGAGUCGAAAAAGGACGGCAAACCCAGGAUGCCGGCCAGUGCUGGAAAGAAGGUAAAAGUAAAUCAAACAGCAAAGAGAGAGGAGGUAGAGGAAGAAGAUAAGAAGGCAGAAGCUCAAUGAUUGAAGGAUCAAGAGUUGCUGAUUUUGUCUGUGAAUGCCAAAAGGACGGUAAGACGGAAAACCUAAUUCAAGUAGGGUAGCGAGUUCUCGGACUUGCUGACAUAG